GAGAAGUCUUUCUCUCUCUCUCUUUCUCUCUCUCUUUCUCUCUCUCUCUCUCUUGUCUUGCAAUUUUUGAUUGCUUGUUGUUUAUAAUGACGAUUAUUUUCUGUUAUUCUGUUUAUGUCUCGUUGAUUACCGACAAAAAUCUCCGUCCUUAUGUGGCCGUCGAUAAGCACGUGCUUGUACAAUGGAACCCUGCCGCUACAAUCUAAUCGACUUUGGCAGGUGCGAUUGCAUGGGAGGGGAGAUAUUUAUGGUGAAUUGCUAUGGAAACCCAUGUGUGAAACUCCAACAGGCCUCAAAAACUUCAAUGAACUUAGCUUUCUACGCGUUUAUUAGCUCUUAAACUUUUAGGUUACAUUAUUUUAAUAUAAUAAUAAGCGGAAAAGAAUAUCGCAGCUGUGUGUGUGUGUGUGUGUACGAUGAAUGGAAUUAUUCACGAGAAAGAUAAGAAAAAAAAGCGAAUUCCGUCGUGUGGGAAAGUGUGCUCCGCUGAAAGUACGAAGUGCAGGAAAUCCCUGUUGAAGCUAAAGCAGCAAGAAUACUUGAUGGAAAAGAGCCUCGCCAACUUGAUGGAGAACAUGAAACUGGAACCAGAAGUUCUACGACCCGUUUUGCAUAAUAUGAGUGACAUCUCGAAAAACAGGGAGACUUUUUUGGAUAGUAUAAAGAAACCCUUGAAGGAAAUAAUUAAGGAACUGCAAUCGGUGCAAUCGGUCACAAAUUGUCCCAAACAGAUCCAGAAGUUAGAUACGAAUGCAUACAAACAACGGCUCGAGAGAUUGUCGCAAAAAAUUCGGGACUUUCAGGAGUCCUCUCAACUACAGGCUGCAACUUUGUCGCAGGAGCAAACUGCCCUCGAAUCUGAAUUACGCGAAUUUGAAUCGAAUUUGCAUAAGUAUGAGAAUGCAACCGGUAGUAUCGGCAAACCAACGUCCGCCGCAUCUUCUAACAAGGAAAAUAAAAAGUGUUAUGAUUAUAAGGAGAUCGAGGACUUCCACGAGUUAAUUGCUAAAACAGGCCAUACUGAUAACUGGAGCGACGGUGAUCAUCUCCUAUUUCUGAAAAUGAGAAAAAAGUGCAGCAACAUUCCUGCUCUUGUGACUGCCAUUCGAGUCAAAUGUCCGGAUCUAACAGCGGAGACUAUAGUGAAUCACGAGGCUUGGUACAAGGUUUAUCUGAGCCUGCGUGAAAAGCAACGAUCGAGCGUCAAAGAAUGGCGCAAACAAAAAGAAACGGAGAAGAUGAAGAUGAAAAAUCGCGAGGAUGAAACCGGAGCCAAAACCACGGAAGAGAUUUCACGAGAGGAAAGAAAUUCCAAUAUCACAAAAGAUCUUUCGACUUGCGUGAAGGAUAAAUGCGAAGGGAGAAUAACGAAGACUGGCAACUCUGAUGAUAUCAGUAAUCAGAAGAAGGAAUUAAUAAGACAGUGGAAAACAGAAAAAGAGCGUAAACGUUUGAUGGACGAGGAGCAGUUGAAGAUUCUGAUGAAGUCGAAGCUUGCCGCGCAAGAAAAACGUAAAAGGGAAAGAUUGAAAAGACUUCGGGAAGUUUUGGGGGAGCGUUGUGAGAGAAAAUCGAUGGUAGUUCCUUCCGAAACUUCGAAAAACGAUUCGAGAACAGGACCGAAGUAUAAUCCGAUGUUGAUUAAAGCUUUUAGGCAGCAAGAUGCAGAAUAUACAAGAAGACAAAAGAAUUUGAUAGCGAAACAAAGAUUGAUUAAAAAUCAAACGGUAAAAAUUGCAAGAUCACAAAUAUCGACAAAGCAAGAUCACUCCACUCUGUUGAAUUCGACUGAAGUGUGGAGAGAAAAAUGCAGGAAGCAUGAUCCUAACACGAGGGAGCCAAAGAAGUUGCAGUAUAUCAAAGACGUUCCACGUUUACAUAUCCAUUGGAGAAACAAGGAAUCGAUGGAGAUUAAGGAUGCUCUGUCGUUUUCUUGAGGUUGAAGAUUUUUUCCUGACUAAAGUUCCUUCAUAUUUUGACGAAGAAGGCAAUAAAAAAAAAUACACAAAACAUAUUGAUAUAUACUUAUAUUUAUUUUUCUUUACGAACGCACUUUUUUGUUUUUUUUUAGACGAUGAACAUAAUAAGUUAUGAGUAAAGUUAUGAGCGUUGACUUUAUCCAGGACCACCGUUUCGCAUAUAUUCGGCUUUACAAUUAUAAACCGCGAUUCUCUUUCUGUUUAUUUUCGUAACUUUUGUUUUAUUUCCAGGAAUCAAGACGGAAUAAAAGAUAAAGAGAAGGAGAGACGAUUCUGUCAACGGAUAGUCGUCUCGGAUAAUUUCAACUCUCAACGACAUUUUACUCAAAUAUAUAUAAUAUACUUUCUAUCAAUCUUUUUCUGUUCGUUAAUUCGAGAUAUUCCUUCGUUAGAUUAGACCAAAUACAAAAACACAUAGGUAAUAUAAUAUAUAUAAUAUGCUAUAAUACAAAAGAGUGUCUUGUAUCGCGCCGAAUAUGAUAGCUCGACGACAGUUUGACGACAGUCUGCCCGCAAUAGUUUUAAAUUCCUCUUUAGUAAUUAUCACUAUUAUUAUUAUAAUUGUUUACAUAUCGCGGGAUAAUCCUACACGGCGCGAUACGGUGACACCUCUCACUCUGUGAGAAUACGCGCAAAUAUCCUAAAAUGUACUCUUUUUUAUUUCUCGCUUUAGUGCAUUUGUAUUUAUACUCUUUAUUUAUUUAUACGUAGAAAUAUAACUAUUUAGAAUUUAUUAAUGCAUACUCAGGAGUUUGUUUUAUUACAACGAACGAUAAAUUGUAUUUAACAUAUACUCUGUUUCAUUCACGCUCUCUCAAUUGAUAAUAUAUAUGUCAUUGCAAUGGCUGCCGCGAUUUCUUUUUUUAUCACUAACCUUUCCGAAACCCAAAGGAUAAAUGUACAUAUGUGAAUAUUUGUACAGCAAAGCCUCCCUUCUGUCCUUUAUAAUGUAUCAUUAACAUUUGUGUUUCCUUAGUCAACAGUAAAGUCCACGUGUACUGCGCUGUCCCUCAUCUCAGCAGACUAGUUCUUGCUGCUAAUUUUUUUCCCUAUUAGUGUUAAUUCCGCCAUCCUCUCUUUUUACAACUUUUUUUACACUGCCGCACUUGCUUCUUUUUACGAUUAAAAACUUUCUCGAAUACGAAAAUCGACUAGACGAUCAGCGAGAAUACGUACAUAUCUCUUUUUUUUUUUAACAAACGAAAAGGUAUCUUCUGGGAAAACUUAUGAGAAAAUAUUUUAAAGUCAAAAAUAAUUAUGUAAGUUCCAUGUAAAAUUAUGUAAGUUUCAUGUAAGUUCCAGUAAAAUAAAAAUUUGUAAGCCUCUUUAGUAAACGAAAUAAAAUGUUUAAGUUAAUCUAAUCGUAUUUACAGACAAUAUAAAAAAAAGCAGUCGGCGAAAAAAGAAAAAGAAAACUUCUGAGAGGGUUUGGAGAACGCAUGAGUUAUUGAUAAAUUUUAUUAGAAUCUUUACAUUCGUGAAUUAUUUACAGAUAUAAUUGCAUAUGUAUAUAUAUAUACUAUAUGUAUAUGUAUAAUCAUAGCUAUGCGAUUUCGGAAAGAAAGACUUCCUCGAAUUUUCGUGACAAUACUGAAGAGGCUAACUUCGGAGAGAACUGCUACCAAAGCCGCGCGAGAGCAUACAGUAUUUUUGAAGUUUUUGGCUCUUAUGUUGUCCAUAAAAAGAGAACUCUUUCAUUGUGAUUAUAGAAACGUACAGUAGAAAAAUGUAUGAAAGAACUAGUAAUCUUCAAUCGUUACGGAAUUUGCUUUAGAAAUUGUUUUGAUAGUUGACGAGUGAACUAAUAAAUUUUUAAUUUAUUUUUUCUUUAUGUAAUACAACUCGGCGCAAAGUACACCAUUAAAUUAUCAGUCUGUAAGAAAUAUUCUCACAGAUUUUACCAUAUUUAUGGACAGAUGUUAUUAUCAAAGUAAAAAAAUACUAGAGACUCGAUUAAUUUGAUUUUCUCUCAAAGCUUGCUUUGAUAAAUUUUCCGAUUAAAAUGAAUAUCUGAUUAAUAAAUUAUUCCUCCCGAUAUAUAUUUUCUGAAAGAGAACUGUACGCGUUGGGAAAUAAGUUCUCGCUUAAACUCUAGCAUUGCACGCUUCGAGGACGGUACAAAUUCAAAAACAAGACCUCACGUUUCGCACCAUGUGAUGACUUGCUGUGUGACAACAAAAUAGUGAUAGAUGUAAUGACAUAUAAGCUAGAGAAAUUUUCAAUUUAGAUAAUCACAGUAUUCGUAAAACAAAAAUUAUAAUAAUUUAAUGUCACGUAAGAAAAAUGUUAAUAUUUUUACAGAACGUUAAAAUUAUAACAUUUUUCGUAAAGAUACUUAUAUACACAAUAAUUGCAAAUAUCUUCACAAUUGUUGUGAAUAUAAAGAAAUUUCUUGCACAGUUUAAUACCUAACGAACUAGUAUCGCACUAAUUAGAAAAUCAGGCAUUUAAGUUAUUAUGUGCACGUAUCACCGAUCAUGGUGCAGUUAUAAAAAAAAAAAAAGUUAGUCUCUCCGCAAUCAAGCCUCUAACUGAUUCGCCGAUUGAUAAAUAAUAAUGAGAUAUUUAUAUAUAUAACGAGGCAAAGCGAAUUAACUCAUAUAAAACUAUUUGAUACAUUAUAAAACUAAUAAAUUAAUAUUUAAUUUAUAAUAUUUUAAAGAGACCUCGAAGUAUAGAAUACAAAUUUUCGAAUUUUACUAUCGAAAUUUUUUAUUGCAAAGUUUAUGCGACAAGAAAAGCUGAUAAGAAAUAUGCGAACGGUUAUAAGAAGCAACAGCAAAGUCACGUGCGCAAAACCAAAUUUCUGAAAUCGAGAAAAUGAUUUUACGACGAAUGAUUUUGUGCGGGAUUUGUGCGCGUCGUUUCAACGCGACGAUUGCUACAUAUCACGGUUCACAUUUUGCUUUCCCCCGGAUAGUCGUCGUUCGUAAAAAUCUGGUGUUAUGCAGUCUUCUAUAUAGUAUUAUUUUUCUAUAUAGUAUUUUUUAUCUCGAAUUUCUAUAAAGAAACGAGACAGGUCAUUUUUUUGUUUUCUAAGGAUUCAAUACGUCUAAUAACCGAAUUUUACUAAUAUUUAAACAUUAGAAACGCACGUGGCCGAGUACAUUCCACAAAUAAGUAGAUUUCUUUCUAUACAGACAGCCAUAAUUUAUCAAAAUAUUUCAUAAAAAGAAAAUUAAUUCACAAAAGUAGAAUAAUUUUAACUACUUUUUGUAUGAAGAAAGUUAAGUUCCGAGAAAUUUUCAGAAAAUCAGAAAGAUAAAAAAGCGAAAAGCGCGACAAUUUUUUUCACAAAUAAAAUUCUUACGUGCGCUUCCAAAGUCUACGCGCAUUCUUAAUGCUAAACGAAUUCUCAUACAUGUUUUGCUGCCAGAUUUAUUGACGUGGUGUAGACAGGUGUACGGUGUCGAUAAAGCUCGAGUUUAAUCGAAAAUUAAGUAUGUAAGAGAACAUGCGCCUAGAUCUUACGUUUGUCAAAAGU